AUGUCAGCAGGAGACAAGGAUGAUCAGUUUCUCGACUUUCACCAGUUUAAAGUAACUGGAACAAGCGAGGAACUGGAAAAGCCCUACCUUCGGCUAACUAGUGCCCCGGAUCCUUCCAACGUUCGUCCAGCCGAGGUUUUGGUGCGUUCUCUGGCCCACGUGUUACGGCGGUGGAAGGAGAAGAACGACUAUCACUGGGUGUGUGAACAGUUGAAAAGCAUCCGCCAAGACUUGAUUAUCCAGGGCAUACAGACGGAGUUUACGGCCAAGGUCUACGAAACGCACGCUGACAUUGCUCUUGACGCUGGAGACUACGAGGAAUUUCACCAGUGCCAAAGCCAGCUGCUGCGUUUGCAUUCCGAAAAUCUGGGUUUAGCACGCCGUCUCGAAUUUUCUGCCUACCGCCUUUUAUACUACAUCUUCACUUUAGAUUUAUUAGAGCACCCACACAUAAAGUUCGCCCUCAAGGCGCGCGAAGCCUGGGCCCUGAGGAACUAUCGACGAUUCUUUCAGUUAGCCUGUCCGUCCUCGAAUGAAGAGGAACAACCACCACGCGGUUGUUUACAGGUUUUGGCCUGGUCUCUCCCUCGAGAACGGAAGCAGGCCAUUAAGGCUAUUUUCAAGACUUAUCGACCAACCUUAAGUUUGUCUUAUGUGGCUGAGACUCUGGGGUUCUAUAGCACCACGGAGUGCUCCGAUUUCCUGGUCAAAGAAAUGAGUAUCCCCGCCAGUCUGGUGGAGGGUGUUGAGAAGUUAGAUUGCAAGGAAAUUUGGUCCCAGAUCUGCCAGGCAGGUGCUACCGAAACAAGUGCAACCUAG